AGAGGCGGGAGAGGAGAGAGUGUGUGCAGACGACAACAUGGCCAGCAUCUGAUAUCGACUUGGCCAUGUAUUCUGACGGUUUCUGCUUCAAAUUAUGACAUUCUGCUCACCUGCUAUUUCCAGAUGCACAUAAAGCAUUGGUGGUGCUGAGCGGACUCAUUCACCGGCAUGACAGCUGUGAUGGCCGCUGGAGACUCAGGUAGCCUGUCACUGGGUGGGUUAUUGUCCUCCCUGGAAAAGGCAAGAGUCCAGCUAGACAGUGAUGAGGAGGAUUUUGGCUUCCUGGCAGACCUGCUCAAGUCCCGGGAGCUCCAGGCCCUUGUUAAUGUACAUAACAAGUUUCCUCUUUCUCAGAUCAACCGCACCCGGAAGACAUGCCAGGCCCUCAUGUCCAAUGCAGAGGAGAUUGGAAUCUCUAUCAUGAAAGAGAUUCAUGGCUGCACCAUACCUACAGCAGAUGCCAUUGAACUGUUUGCCAUUCUGCAAUCUCCACACCUACAGGGAGUCCUUCAGGCUCAUGACAGCAUUGCUGCGAAGGACUUUGCUCCACACCUGCCAGAAAUACCUGUAGAAGUGGAUGAGGAUGAAGAGACAGUCAAGAUUGUACAGUUAGUGAAGAGCAAUGAGCCCAUGGAAGGAAAGGGAGCAGAGCCAAUUGUGGGAGCCACCAUCAAGCAGGAUGACCGCACUGGUGCCAUUAUCAUUGCUCGCAUCAUGCAUGGAGGUGCUGCUGACCGCUCAGGACUCAUCCAUGUUGGGGAUGAGGUGCUGGAGGUGAACAACUUCAAUGUGGUGGGCAAGACACCAGCUGAUGUCCACAAGAUUCUGAUGCAGGCGGAAGGCACCAUUACUUUCAAGCUGCUUCCGGCCGGCAGUUCAGCCCACCUGCGGGAGAGCAAAGUGCGGGUUCGUGCCUACUUUGACUAUGACCCCAAAGAGGAUAAACACAUUCCAUGUAAAGAGGCAGGACUUCCCUUCAAGAAAAUGGAUAUCCUGCAUAUAGUGACCCAAGAUGAUCCUUACUGGUGGCAGGCAAGGAAGGAAGGUGACCGGAACAUGAGGGCUGGACUUAUUCCUUCACGGCAACUUCAGGAAAGACGCAUCCUUGCCCACCGCCAGGACCAGACUGCCAAUGGACAAAUUGCAGGGUGCAUCCUCCCCAAGUCUCCCAGCUGUCGACCAUCGCCCAAGGUGAAGAAGAUAAUCUAUGAUGCUUCAGAGAGUGAGGAUUUUGAUCGAGAGGAGGUACCCACAUAUGAGGAGGUGGCACGCCUCUACCCUCGCCCUGGUUUGCCCCGACCUGUGGUGCUCAUUGGUCCGCCAGGGGUUGGCCGCAAUGAACUCAAGCGGCGACUGGUAGCUCUUGAUGUGGACAAGUACAGAACACCUGUGCCUAUGACCUCACGACCUCCCAGACCUGGGGAGGUUAACAACAGGGACUAUCAGUUUGUUACACGGGAUGAAUUGGAGGAGGAGGCAGCAGCAGGCACUCUGGUGGAGCAUGGGGAGUUCAAGGGCCACCUGUAUGGCACCUCAGCAAUCACCCUCAAGAGCAUGAUCAAUGCUGGCUAUGUUGUGAUACUUACUCCUCACUACCAGGCCCUCAAGUACCUGAGAACUGCAGAGUUCAAACCCUACGUGAUAUAUAUCAAGCCUCCUACUCUGGCUGUGCUCAAGGAAACAAGACUGGCAGCUCAUGCACGCUCAACCUUUGAUGAAAAUAACUCAAGGGGUUUCACUGAGGACGAGUUCAAGGACAUGCUGAAAGCAGCAGCUAGGAUAGAAUUCCACUACUCCCACUGGUUUGAUGAGGUGGUUGUCAAUGAUGAGCUCUCCUCUGCCUUUGAGCUCCUUGUCACAGCUGUCAACAGGGUGGAGACAGAGCCACUGUGGGUCCCUGCCUCUUGGGUGCAAUAAUCCCUGACAUUUGGUGGUGCCUUCCUGGCACAGUCUGUCUGUUAAGUGGUUGAAAGUUGAGAGCCCAUGUAGGAGGGUGAGAAGUAAUGCUAUAUUGGUAUAGUAUUCUUGACUGUACAUAGGACUAAAAUAGGUUUACAGUCUCAUAUUGUUUAAAUUGACAGUUAAAGGUACAGUUAUCAAGAAUUGAUUAUCUGCCAGUGUUUGUCACUUUAAAAAUCAGGAACAGUGACGUGGAGACCAUUAACAUGUGCAGAUAGUUAAUUUUUGUCUGUACAUGUCAUCAAAACCUGCUAGAUUAAUGUUCUAUCAUGAGUGCAUCUCCAGCUCUGGCAACACAUUCCAGAAGUCAUGCCAGGGAGAGAGGCAUUAUAAUGGUCAACCCAUUGUCAGUAAAUCAACACUUAAAACUGUUUAUGACCUCACUCUGAUAUUUCUGUCAAAUAAGUCAUACCAUUGGAAAUACAGUUGUGGAAUAGAGCUUACUCCUGAGUGUUAUGAUUAGGAAUGUACUGAUUUAUCAGUAUUGAUAUUGAUAGUAGAAACCUAUUUCUGGAUGGCCAGUAUCUCAUGUUGCAGAUAGUUUGACUGGCUUCAAUUCUGUUUACUUAUUUGUUUAUAUAACUUAUUUAUUAUUACUUGUAUGUAUGUAUACGUGACCAGCAGUCAUAACCUAUCCAUUUUUCUUGUACUUCGCCACAUGCAGUGGAUCUCAGUCAGCUGUUUAACUGAGAAGAGAUGUAUAUAGCUCUUUAAUAUUUUUUCUCCUUAACAUCAGUCAGUUCUACCAAAUGAGUUGAGCAUUUUAUAUGCAGCCUUUGCAGUUUUGCUGUGUUCAUAUGAAUAAGAUGAAGGAUGUACCAUAGUGUCUACAGGACUGAUGGUGGAUGAAACAUGAAGCAGGUUUCUCCAUGCAACUUGACUUUAGAUUGAUAAGUUAGUUCCGCAGUACUGGGUUCUCAUUUUGUGGAUUUACACAAAACUUGGAUUUCUUAUAGGCAAGUGAUUGGCUCUUGUUUUAAUCCUGGCUUAUCCAUGGACAGAGAAUCAGAGAUACAAGUAUCUGCUGCAGAUUCUUAUGUUAGUUGGCCACAGCUGACAUGGCAACAUGGUGUUCUGCUUCUGUUUUUCUUUUCUUGCAAUACCAUUACAUGCAGUUCAUGAUAUGUGUUUUGUUUGUAACAGUAUGAUGAUUCUCAUGAUGUUGUCCUGCCACUUGCAUUUGUAUGAUGUUAUUUCUCUUAAUGUGGAUUACUGCUGCAUGAACCUUAGUCAACUGCUUUAUCAGUCAUUACAUCUUAUAUUAUUUUGGUAAUGUAGAAUUGUGCAUGAAUAUCAGUGUGUAUCAGUAUCAGCAAAGUAUUGGAGUAUUAGUAUUGUUAUCCACUCAGGAAUGAGUAUCAGUAUCAUUAUUGGUAAAAAAAUAUUGGUAUCAGUACAUUCCUAGUCUGUAUUGUUUGAAAUAGUGGUGUAGUCAACUAUUAUGACCACGUGGAAGCAAAUGCAAUCAGGAAUAUUCCCAGUUAGUUUAUGUAUUUUUAGGCUCUUUGACUUCCCAUCCCAUGUACUGCGCAUCAAAGCUGCCGAAACUAUAUUAGAAACUGAUAAAAGUUACAGGCUGACAUACAAGGAUUUUUGUCAAAAUGGUGAUGAUUGAGAAACAUUAAGAUUGUGCCAUGAGAUAAGAAAUGCAGACAAUGGCAAUUGUUGUGGGUUAGUGCAGCAAUAACAACUCUCGUCCUGUAACACAUGCCAAGAGGAGGUUGUCGGGGGAGAUGUAGAGUUCCUCACCAUUCUUGGUAGCAAGUACUAGUGUGGUGUUGAGACUCGGCCCUUGGCCAUUACAUCUCUCUUUACUUUUUGGUUUGUGCCUUUCUUUUUAUGGAGUGUGGAAUGGAUAAAAACAUACAUACACUGAUAAAACAAGCAUUAAUUCACACAUAUACAUACAUAAGCUGUCUUUCUUGUCGUUAACCUAGCUAUAGCCCUUCAAAGAGUAGUAGGGAUGUAGUGAGUGGUUGGCUGGCUUUCCCUUGUUACGUGGCCAGCUACCUUGCUACAUGUACAGAAACAUUUACUAUGAUACAUUGUCUUCAAGCAGUGCUGAGGCAAAAAAGAAAAAAAAAAUCUCAUAAAUAAGUGUGUGUGUGUGUGUGUGUGUGUGUGUGUGUGUGUGUGUGUGUGUGUGU